AAAAUUUUUCGAAAUAUAAAAUGAAUAAACAAUAACAUGUAAACAAUGACAUUGGUGACAAUGUAUUUUUUAACAAAGAUUUUACACACAAAAAAGAACCUCAACUAACUACAUGGCAAAGAAAUAAUUACAUUGGACAGAAUUACAAUAUUUUUGGAUUAAAAACAGUUAUUUCAUUAAAUUUCCAAUAACUACCCAUGAUCAAGCUUAAGAUACAUAGUUUGCUUAAUAUUCAUCAGACUAUUCUAUACUUAACAAUAGCACUCUUAAAAUGUAACAUUUCUCAACUGUUUGAACGUGUCACUUUACAAGAAAACAUACCUUUGAAUACUGUGAUAUUUGAUUUAAAACCAUUGCUGGAACGUUAUGCAAAUAGUCACCUACCUUCAUCUGAGUUAUCAACAUCGUUAAAUAGAAAUAUAACAGCAUUCGCAAAUCAACAAGAAACUUUUUGGCCAUUUAUCUUAGAUAAUUUUUUGAUUAAACUAGCUAAACCACUAGAUCGUGAAAUGAUCUGUCUUUUACAAACGGAAUCUUUAAGACAUUCAGUUAACCUAGCUGACACAUCAGUCACAUCUUACAGUGACACAAGUCAAGUUUGUUUACCUGGAGCUUGUUGUAAACUAUUGCAUGUAAAUAUAAUAACAAGUCCAACAGAAUUGCCUACACCAUUCUAUCUUCAUGUAGCUGUACAAGAUGUUAAUGAUAAUCCACCACGAUUUCCUCCAAUUCAUACACCAUAUACUGUAAUCCGAGAAGAUAUUAAAUUAGGUGAGAAAAUAUGGUUACCUCAAGCUAUUGAUGCAGACAGUGCUCAAUUCAGUGUGGCUGAAUAUCGUACAAUUAAUUGGAUACAUGGAAAUCAAAGUCAUUUUCAACUAGGCGUUUCAGAUUCCAACGAUUUAAGCAAUGAUUUUAUUAAUGGUAUUCAAGAAAUUCCAAGUAGUACAAAUUUAAAUUCACAUUUAGGUAAACCUUAUUUAACUAUAACUGAAGGAUUAGAUCGUGAACUUAUCGAUUUAUAUUCCUUCACACUAAUCGCUAUUGAUGGUGGCGGUAAUACGCCGAUUGGUAAUACACAAGAUAUUAACAAAGCUCUUACUGGAUCUGUCAGUAUUGUAAUUAAAAUCUCCGAUGUUAAUGAUAAUCAUCCAACAUUUGAACAAAAUAUAUAUCAUGCUAAAAUUGUAGAAAAUUCAAUGAAUUCACCAAUCAUUGAAUUCAAUUUAGUCGAUCGUGAUAUAGGAGAUAAUGGUCGAGUGACUACAAUUAUCGAUGAUCCUACUGGACAAGCUCAACAUCUUUUUCGUAUUAUAUUACAACCAAGUCAAAAUUCUAAUCUUAAAUUAUACAGUCAUACUGGAUUUCACAAUUCUCCUUUACAACAAUUAAAUAGUCCAACAGGAACAUUUUAUAAAGGAUCAUUACAAAUUAUUAAUCCAUUAGAUGCUGAAAGACAUUUAAAUUUGUUAAGAUUUCAUUUAAUUGCUACUGAUCAUGGUCAACCAGUAUUGAGUUCUCGAUGUGAAAUACAAUUAAGAAUUAUUAAUGUAAAUGAUAAUUCACCGAAAAUUGUAUUUUUAAAUAAUGGUAAACGAUUAACGGAUGGACGUAUUUCAUUACCGGAAGUAGAAACACCACAAAGAGCUAUUGUUGCUUUAGUUCAUGUCACGGAUGAUGAUUCACCAAUUGAACAAAUUCGUUGUCAUCUAAUUAAAGAAGAUGAUAUGUUUUCAUUUGAAGAAACUGGUAAUGCAAAUUUCCUCGCACAUCAACAAACUCAACAAUCAUAUAAUUUAUUGAAUGAAGCUAUUGGAUUACAUUCAACUUAUAAACAAUAUGUUAUUCGUAUUAGAAAAAUUCCAGAUAGAGAAGAGAAAAGUUUUUAUACAGUUACUGUUGAAUGCAUAGAUGAUGAAGGUCAGAAUGCUUUAUCACGAAAUGCCAGUUUAUAUAUCACAAUCACAGAUAUUAAUGAGCAUAAACCAAUGUUUACAAAAAGUAUAUACACUGGUCAAGUCAUUGAAAAUCAACUACAUGCUGAAGUACACAUGCCAACACCAAUUCAUGCCACAGAUCUUGAUUUAGGCGUUAAUGCAUUGAUCACUUAUAGUUUAGCCAAUCCAAAUGAAUUAUCACCGACAACAACAGUGACAAGUAUGUCAUCAUUAGUGACAGCUUCCACACCAUCAUUAUCGUCAUCUCCACUAACGCUAUCAGUAAAUUUUGUAAAUAGUACUGAAUUCUUUAGAAUAGAUCCAAUUACAGGAAAAUUAUGGACUAUUCAAUCAUUAGAUUCGGAAAAUCGUAGUGAAUAUCAUUUGAUAGUGAUUGCAAAAGAUUCAGGCUCACCUGUAUCACUUUCUUCAAGUGCAAGUGUUAUUAUUACAGUAGAAGAUACAAAUGAUAAUAUGCCGGAAUUUAUGAAUACACAUUAUCUAUUUGAGGUACCUGAAAAUGCACCAGGCGGUACCGAGAUUGGUGUUGUUGAAGCCAUAGACAAAGAUGUAACAGCAAUAAAUCAACGUGUACGUUAUAAUUUACGAGGAAAUAAUGAAGAUUUGAAAUUGGUUGCAAUCGAUCGAAACAGUGGGAUAUUAAGAACUCGACGUCCAAUUGACAGAGAAUCUAGAUCUUCCAUAUCACUUAUAGUAGAGGCAGAAAAUGAAGUACCAAUUCAUCGUUCACCAUCAGUAAGAAAUGAUAAUUUUAAUAUGAAAAGUGUUGGCACUGAGGCAAGUGUAGUAAUCACAAUUUUAAAUAUAAAUGACAAUCGACCGGAAUUCAUCUUAAUUGAACCACAUCGGUCACAUGUUACAUUUACAUGGGAACAGUUAAAUCCAUUGGUCAUAGCGAAAUCAACCCUGCCAAACGUAACUUCGAUACAUUCAAAAUAUGAUAGUCAAUCUUUAAAGCAAGAGAAAUCAACCAAUGAAGAAAAUCAAAAAAUAUCCUCUUUAGAAAAUGCUAAUCCUGUAUGUGAACCACUGCCUCAUCGAGUAAUUGAUAGAGAUAUGGAAUCAGAUUCUAUGCUAGACUGUUGUAUCCUUGAAUUAUUAGAUAAUUACAAUGGAUUAUUUGCAUUGAUUCCACAAGCUCCAAGUGUGCUAUGUGCUAUGUAUCGACCUCCAAGCCCACAAACUUACAAACUAACACUUAUAGCAAAAGACGGUUUGACAAAUGACAGUUUAUCAUCCCAAGUUCAUUUCACAGUGAUCAUUCGAAGUGAUCCAAAUCUUAGGAUAUCCGAUAAAAAGAACAAUAAUCAUCGUUCAGAUCAAUCAGGUAUGGAUUAUUUGACAGGAACACGGUCAAAUUUUGAUCAUAACAAAUUACACAAUGAUUUGAUCAGUAAUAAUUACAAUUAUGCUGAACGUGAUCGAUUAAGUAAAGAUUAUCCACACAGAUCGUUAAAUCUUGAUGGUAAUGAUAAUUCUGCAUUAUCAUAUCCUUCAGGAUUAUCAUCAUCCGUGUCUGUGUCACAACACCAGUACAAGUUAAAUCAUUCUAAAUCGUAUGGAUAUGGACAGCAAACAUUAAUCAUUAUUGUGAUGGCUUCAGUUGCUGGAGUAUUAUGUGUUCUGUUAUUGGUAGCUAUCAUUUUAACAAAACGUUGUACAUUUGAUACUGUAACAACACCAAUAACAAAUACGAAAGAUUUCACCAAAGAUGAACCAAAUAAUCAAAAUGAUUCAGCUAUCGGAAUGAAAUGCCCCAGUUCAACUGGUUCAUCACCAUCUAAAACAAAGACUUUCAAUGCAUUUCCUGUAAAUAUUCAUCAUAUACAUCCAAAUCCGGAUUAUUAUGCAAAAGAAAUGAUCUAUCAUCAUCCUAUUGGACUGGAAUCCAGUGAAACUGCCUAUGAUAUUUCACUUGAAACUAUGAAACCGCCUAACUCAAUAACAACACUUUUAAACAACUACACACCAUUUGUUCCUUCAAAUGUAAGAUCAAAUAAUACUCAAAUAAAAGCGGUAUCAAUGCCUUCACCACAAACUAGACCUAUACAAUGUCAAAUACCAUUUGAAAAUGAUUUAUAUCAUGAACAAAAAUCUCCGACAAUUAAAUCACCCACUUGUCUUAAUGCUUGGUCACCUUCAUCAAAAAAUCAAACGUAUAUGCAAGUGAAUUUAACUAAUGCAGGAAUUUUACCAGUGAAAAAUUCUUUUCAACAUCCAAAAUCUAAUGAAAAUUUUUCACAAAGUAUUUAUCAAACUAUUGAUACACGACUUUUAAAACAUUCUCCAUUGAAUACUACACCGACUAAUUCUACAACUAAUACUAAUAUCAUUGGUUUUGCUACACCUACAAUCAAACGUAAUCAUUCAAAUAAAUUAAAUGAUUUAAACACAAAUAAUAAUAAUAACAACAAUGAUGAAAAUGGCGGCAAAGUACAUUUUAACAAAACAAAAAUUAAAUUAUUACCUAAAGAAAAUUUUCAACAAAUCAAUGAUAAUUUAGAAUUUACCAAAAAUAAUAAUAAUAAUAAUCCCGAAACAAAUGAAUUAAUGAAACCAUUAUUACAAAAACCUCUAUUACAAAGAACUGAUUCUGAUCGAUCACCUUAUUUUCAAACUAGUUUUGUAUAAAUAAAUACAUGAUUGUUUUUGAUCACUGAGAAUACAGAACAACAUCUACUUACUCAAUUACUUCACAAUAAUAUUUUUGCCAGUUCAUGUGAUGCUUAUUUUCUCAUUAUACACCGUUUGAUAAGAUGAAAAUAAAACAUUUUAAGUCAAUUGAUUCUAUAAUCGCAUUAUGAAGUUGAUAAGUAAAUUGUAUAAUUCAUGUGUGUGUAUGUGUUCACUUGUAUGCUGAGUAGUAAUCCUGAACUUACUACAUAUUACAAGUAAAAACAAUCCUGUUUUGUCUUCAUAAAGAAAAAAAAAUUUUAUUGUACAUAUACUUGACUUUGAUUAUGAUUUUGUGUAAUUUUUUUCCUUGUGCAUUUAGUUAUGGAAAACUAUUCAUUAGGUUAUAUUUGUUUUGUCACCUUAUACAAAAUCAUUAUUAUGUUUUUGACAUAUUAGUCAAACAGAAAAGAUGCUUUAUGAUGCUUCAAUGAUAAUAAUAAUAAUGACUGUAACGAUGCUUAAAAUAUGUUUAUAAAUAAAC